AUGGAAGAGAAAAGGAUAAUGCAUUAUCGUAGCUCUCACAGAAUUUUAAUAGUAGGAGAGGGAGAUUUCUCCUUCUCACUUUCCUUGGCUAGGGCAUUUGGCUCAGCUGUUAACAUGGUUGCUACCUCUCUAGAUGAUAGAGAGUCUCUAGUGCUGCAGUAUGGAAGUGCAUCAAGCAACUUGAGAGAACUUGAGGUUCUUGGCUGCACCAUCUUCCACAAUGUGGAUGUUCACAAUAUGACUCAACACCAUUAUCUCAAUAACAAAAGUUUUAAUCGGAUUAUCUUUAACUUUCCUCACGCUGGUUUCGAUUAUCGUGAAUCCACUGAUAUCCAGAUUAUGUUACACAAAAGAUUAGUGAGUGGAUUUCUAAAAAGUGCUAAAUAUAUGCUUUCAAUAUUCGGAGGAGAAAUUCAUGUUUCACACAAGACAACAUAUCCAUUUAGUACAUGGGACAUCAAGGGUCUGGCAGAAAAUGAGAGAUUGAUUUUUAUUGAAGAGGUGGAUUUUCUACAAUCAUAUUAUCCAGGUUAUAGUAACAAGAGAGGUUCUGGCUCCCAAUGUGAUCAGAGUUUUCCUAUUCGAAAGAGUAGUACUUUCAAAUUUUCUUCUAGGAGCAGUUUUGAAGACUUUUUCGUUGAAUCUCCCUAA